UGUGAAGCCGAGAGCGAAGACUGACCCGGCUGGUCGCCGCUGCAGGAAGAUGGCGGAGCUGCGCGCGCUUGUAGCUGUCAAGAGAGUCAUCGACUUCGCCGUGAAGGGCCGCACCCCCAGCCUGUGGAAGUUCCCAGGGGUGGAAUCGCAGCUGCAGCUGCCAGCCUACACCAUAGUCACAGCAACACAGGAUCCUUAACCCACUGAGCAAGGCCAGGGAUUGAACCCGCCGUCUCAUGAAGGCUAGUCGGAUUUGUUUCUACCGUGCCACAACAGAAGCUUCCCUAUUCGGUCCUGUUAAUACUGAUCAUUAAUCUCAUCAGGCAGAUCCGAGUGAAGCCCGACAGGACAGGGGUGGUCAUGGAUGGCGUGAAGCACUCCAUGAACCCCUUCUGUGAGAUCGCUGUGGAGGAGGCCGUGCGGCUCAAGGAGAAGAAGCUGGUGAAGGAAGUCAUUGCUGUCAGCUGCGGGCCUGCCCAGUGCCAGGAGACCAUUCGCACCGCUCUGGCCAUGGGUGCAGACCGUGGCAUCCAUGUGGAGGUGCCGGCUGCAGAGGCGCAUCACCUGGGCCCCCUGCAGGUGGCCCGGGUCCUGGCCAAGCUGGCCCAGAAGGAGAAGGUGGACCUGGUGCUGCUGGGAAAGCAGGCCAUUGAUGAUGACUGUAACCAGACAGGCCAGAUGACAGCCGGAUUUCUGGACUGGCCACAGGGCACAUUCGCCUCCCAGGUGACACUAGAAGGGGACAAGGUGAAAGUGGAGCGGGAGAUCGACGGGGGCCUGGAGACCCUGCGCCUGAAGCUGCCUGCCGUGGUGACCGCUGACCUGCGGCUCAACGAGCCCCGCUACGCCACGUUGCCCAACAUCAUGAAAGCCAAGAAGAAGAAGAUUGAGGUGAUCAAGGCUGGAGACCUGGGCGUGGACCUGACCUCCAAACUCUCUGUGGUAAGCGUGGAGGACCCCCCCCAGCGUGUGGCCGGCGUCAAGGUGGAGACCACGGAGGACCUGGUGGCCAAGCUGAGGGAGAUUGGGCGCAUUUGAGCCCCUUCCCUGAAACUCGGCAAUAAAACCAUGACUCUCCUGA